CCUUUGUGUGCCUGCGUCUUACCAGCGGAGUCCCCUAAAUCCAAGAUGGCGGUCGAAUGUGUGUGUUUGUUGGCCCAAGAACACGUGAAGUUUAGAAUACCGGAGCUUCACUCUAUUGCAUCUAUUCAUGGUAUCAACUUGAGUCAUGAUGGAAGUUCAGAGAAGAUAAGUCCCUUUCUCAAACUCAAGAUGCCAAAUCUAUCUUGUUGUCAACAAAUUCUAGAGAGAUCAAUGACUGUUAGGUAUAUUCUUGAAUUAUGGGGGAGUGGAAGCAGUGUGGAUGAGCUAGUUCGAAGCUUGAACCAGUAUCCACCUGAUAAAAUGGAGCCAUACCGCAACACAACAUUUCGAAUUAACAUCGAAACAUACAACAAGAAAAUUUCCCAAGGUCAGAAACAAGAAUACAUCAAGGUUCUGUCAUUUCUUCCAUUGGACGGAAAAGUGAAUCUGAAUAACCCAGAGCAUGAGUUUUCUCUACUAUUAGACUUUGGUGAUGAUAACAAUGCUGCAACUGAUAAACCAUGUCAACUAUUUUUUGGUCGAUUAAUUGGCCAGGGUCAGCGCCACUUGCUGAAGAAGUUUUCUCUUAAGACGCGGCACUUUAUUGGCAACACUUCCAUGGAUCCAUUAUUAUCUUUUCUCAUGGCUAAUCAGGGAAAGGCACGCCCUGGAACACUGAUAUUUGACCCAUUUGUUGGAACAGGAAGCAUCCUUUUAGCUUGUGCUCACUUUGGAGGUCACGUGAUUGGUAGUGACAUUGACAAGAACCUUGUUCAAGGAAGAGGCAAAUCAUCUCGUGCAAAUUGCAAAUGGAAAGCACGAGAUGAGGUCAUGCGGACGAACUUCCGUCAAGCAGGUCUGGAACAGUUGUUUGUUGAUGCAAUAAUCGCUGAUGCUUCCCGCAGUGUUCUUAGGGCCACGCCCAUAUUUGACGCCAUCAUUACUGACCCUCCCUAUGGCGUGAGGGAAGGUGUACGGAAGCUCAAGGCUGAUAACAACAGCGUGGACACGCCCUAUCCGGCGAUCAAGCUGGGCCGGUUAUCGGACGUCAUCAUCAGUCUUCUCCACUUCGCGUCGUGUUACUUGACUCUGCAUGGACGACUUGUGUUUUGGCUCCCUGUGCAUAGACAAAGUUACGACGACGGUUUGCUCCCUCUGCACCCAUGCCUUGCCCUCGUCGCCAACAGUGAACAGACGCUCUUCAGACACAUCUCGCGAAGACUCAUCACUAUGGAGAAAAUUCGGCCACAUCAGACUGACGUUACUUUGGAAAGACUCACCGAACAGAAUAUUGACUUCCAGUCUAUGUGUGACAGUUUUAGGGACAAUUACUUCAGCUCUCCCUCAUGAUGGUGAGGAAAUUGUGUAGCUGCACAAAACUCGCAAAAGGGGCAGGAGCUACUCAACUCUAUAAUACAGAAAGCCCACUAGAGUACGCUUAUACCCUGGGUACCAGAAUCUCCAGACUUCUCCGUCAGACUCUCUCCCCAAGCAAGCCACACCAAUUAAAGCAGCUAGCCUAUGCCCAGACUUGUAGCCUAGAAGUUCACACCCAGACAGGGAUCCCAUGGAGCAAGGCUAAGGCCUGUUUUUAUUAUGAAAACAAUUUGAUUUUGCAUUUAAGACUAACAAAACAAUAUUCUACAUGCUAUCUAUGCGAUCUGGAAAACAUUUUUAGUUACCAUGACGACAUACAGUCCAUUAGCAGCCGUCAAUAGGUCCAGGUAUUCAUUAGCAUCACAGGUAGAUAAUCCCCAUCCAGGAAACGUCAACCCUCCAAUAUCGUCACGUAACAUUAAAGAAUUUCCAUCAA